UCUGUCAUAGAUUAUACUCUUAUAUCUGUCAAUUGUCAUACUUUAUAACCUAGCAAACAAACAAGGAACACUACUAAUAUCUAAAUAUAAUUGAAACAUACUCUAAAAUCUAAUUAUAAUUUCAAACUAUUUUUUAUUAUGGAAGUUAUAAAGCUUGUUAGUAAAUAUUUAAAUAUUUCUGCCGGUUCACUAUGUUAUAAUACAGACAGGGUUCUUACAACGGUUAUUGACAAGGAAAAUGUGGAGGGAUUCGUCAGUAUAUUAUUACGAUUGAUAUCAAAAAGUGGCACAAAAAUGAGUCAGGAACAAAUGCUACUCAGUUAUCAGUGGUUAGAGCACAUAGCAAUGUAUGCAAACCAAGCAAAUUCGAAUCCUGCUUUUGCGAAAAAUUUUCUUCAAGGUAUGAACAGAGCAUUAGAGAAAAGAAGUUACCUUACUGGAAAUCAUUUGACUGUGACUGACGUAGCUGCAUUUUAUGUGGUAUACUCUCUUAUUGAACGGUUGAGUGUACCAGAGCAAGAAUCACUUUUACACUUAUGUAGGUGGUGUAAGAAUAUACAAGCGCAACCUAGGGUGUGUGCUAGCCGACCCCCUCUACCGCUUAACACUUUGACACUAUCAACACUAGCACCUGCCGUACAUUGAUAAUUUAAUGUUUUAUUGCUUAUUGUGAAUGUAGUGCAUACAGUUUAUAACUGCAAUAAAAUUUUACCAAAUGGAUCUCCCAGUAAAUGUAUUUUU